GGUCACAUGAUGCUAACUGUAGGUAUUUUAAUGUGACCCUCCAUGUGUCCUCAGAAUCAGCUCACCAGUCGUCUCCAGGAUUCGGACAGUAAACAGGAAGUGGAAAAUGAGUCUAGCAGGAGGAGCCUGUCUGUGUCCUCUCAGUCCAGGAGGAAGCAGAGCUGUGGAGGAGACCCGGUGCUCAGAGCCACUAUGAGGCAGCUGCAGCAGCUCGGAGUCGACGUGGACCGAGAAGAUCUGACGGAGUCUGAGCGCAGAAUCCAUCAAACGGUGGAGAGCAACAGCAUUCUGGCGAGCAUUAACCCGGCGGCGGUUCUGUCCCGUCUCAGCGUGUCCGAGCCGACAGACAGCUGUCUAUUCCCUGAAGGCAGCGUGGAUCUGAGUCUGGAGGCCAACGCCAUCGCCCUGCGUUACCUGAGCGACUCGCAGCUCAGCAGGCUCUCUGUGGGAGGCCACGCCCCCCGCCCAGGGCCCGCCUCCAACCACUCCCUGCUGUCUCCUAGCAACAUGUCUCUGGCAACCAGGAAGUACAUGAGGAGGUACGGCUUGAUCGAGGAGGAGGAAGAGGAGGUCGAUGUUCGCCAGCCGCUGACCGAAGCCCUGAACGUAAAGCUCCUCCCACAGAGUCAGCUGAUCCGGGACUUGCGGCCCAAAAUGCAGCUGUUAGCGGGCGGCGCCGGACCGAACGCCGCUGACAAGGAGAACCGUUCCAGCGGGCGGCCAUCUUUAAUGAGGGCAAGCAGCCAUCAGACCGAAGGAUCGGUGGGAAACAUCCUGGACCUGAGUCGCCUCAGACAGCUGCCCAAACUCUUCUGAUGGAGUCUGGUCAACGUGGAAACACUCUACUGGUCUCUAUUGAUCUCUACUGGUCUGGUUCCUGGUUUUCAUGGUCUCACUGGUUCUGAGGGACUGAUGAGAAACAUUUGUCCAAACCAGGAAACCUGCUGGAACAUUUUAAAAAUGGAGUCAGGUUGUCUUUAUGAUCAUUUAUCAGAAGUUUGUGUUUUUCUGUCCCUUCCUGUUUUAAUAUGAAUGUGUAGAUUUUUUAAAUAUUUAUUGCACAAAUAAAAUUCAUAAUUCUUUUAA